UGUCGCCUUUGUCAAAAUGUCAAAAUAGUCAAAAAAUCGACCGAUACCUAUUGUAGUACCUAUCGAAAACUGAUUAAAAAAAGCAUUAUUGGUGAUUUCAUGAUGCUUUUGAGUUUAUGUCUUUAUAUUAUCGACAUUUGAGGGUGUUCUGGUAAUAUUUGUGAAGUUUUAGUUUUUAUUAACUUUAAAAUAAAGCAAAUAUGGACGUCGAUACAGAUGGGAGAAAGUCCCGUUCACGCAGCAGAUCUGCUGAAUCAGAUUCCAAGAUGUCACACGAUGGAUCAGUGAAGUCCAAAUCAGGUUCUCGCUCCCGCUCGAGGUCAAAAUCAUCAUCGAGGUCGAGGAGCGGCUCUCGCGCGUCGUCCCGCUCUCGCAGCAACACGCCCGCGUCGCGUCGCUCCAGGAGCGGCUCGGCCAAGUCAGCCAGAUCGGGGAGUCCGAGAAAGUCGAGAAGCGGCUCACCGGCUUCCAGAAAUGCGUCCCAUUCGAGGAGUAGGUCUCCGGCUUCCAAAAAAAGCAAAUCGAGAAGCGGGUCACCGAAGUCUCGAAGCGCGUCUCCCGCUAGGUCCCAAUCGAACAGCCCGCGGAAAUCGAAGAGCCGCAGUCACUCUAAAUCGAGGAGUCCCAAGUCUCCCGCGAAGAGCCGCUCGCCCAGCGCCGACUCGAAAGCGUCGCCCAUCAGAAUAUCUGGUGGCUCGCCCAGGAAAUCCAGAAGCAAGUCUCGUGAAUGCUCAAGAAGUAAAUCUGUAGAAAAGAUGGAUGUUGAUGGAGAUAAAGCACCUCAGUCUCCUACAGGAAGUAAAGCGAGUCGCUCUCGCUCUCGGUCUGGUUCACGCAAGUCCAAGUCACGUUCACGUUCUGGCUCAAGAAAAUCGCGAUCUAAGUCUCGCUCUCGCUCCAAAUCCCGUUCGCGUUCCAAGUCCCGUUCUCGUUCCAAGUCCCGUUCGCGUUCAAAGUCCCGUUCACGUUCAAAGUCCCGCUCACGUUCUAAGUCUCACUCAAGAUCCAAAUCACGUUCCCGUUCGAAAUCAGGUUCGCGCUCUAAAUCAAGGUCUCGAUCCAAAUCCCGUUCCCGCUCAAAAUCCCGUUCCAGGUCACGUUCGAAGUCCGGCUCCCGCUCCAAGUCUAGGUCUAAAUCCCGUUCGAGGUCCAGGUCCAAAUCUCGUUCACGCUCCAAGUCGAAGUCCGUGUCGCGCUCACGUUCCAGAUCACGCUCCAAAUCGAGAUCUCGAUCGAGAUCCAAAUCCAGAUCUAGAUCUAAAUCUAGAUCUCGCUCGGGUUCAGCAAAAUCUGCUUCAAGAUCUCGCUCACGAUCUCGCUCCGGUUCGCGUUCCGGCUCUGGAUCACCGGCUCGAAAAGAGGGCAAGGCGCGGCGCACCGUGCGGCUGCAGUCGGACGACGAGGACGGAGGGGAGGACGCGCCCGCGCCCGACUCGUCCGACGAUGAGCUCGACCCGGACUCCAAGAGCGCGGAGAUGGCGGGCGGCAUGUCGGACUUCGAGCUGAUGCUGGCCCGCAAGCGCGAGGAGCGGCGCGGGCGCAGGCGCCGGCGCGACAUCGACAUCAUCAACGACAACGACGACCUCAUCGCGCAGCUGCUGCAGCAGAUGCGCCAGGCCGCCGACGACGACCGCGAGCUCAACCGCCGCAACCAGCCCGCCGUGCGCAAGGUGUCCAUGCUCAAGGCCGCCAUGUCGCAGCUCAUCAAGCGCGACCUGCAGCUGGCCUUCCUCGAGCACAACGCGCUCAACGUGCUGUGCGACUGGCUCGCGCCGCUGCCCAACCGCGCGCUGCCCUGCCUGCUCAUCCGCGAGAGCAUCCUCAAGCUGCUGAUGGACUUCCCGUCCAUCGACAAGUCGCUGCUGAAGCAGUCGGGCAUCGGCAAGGCGGUGAUGUACCUGUACAAGCACCCGAAGGAGACGAAGGCCAACAAGGAGCGCGCCGGCCGCCUCAUCUCCGAGUGGGCGCGCCCCAUCUUCAACCUCUCCACCGACUUCAAGGCGAUGACGCGCGAGGAGCGGCAGGCGCGCGAUGAGGCGAUGGCCGGCGCGCGGCGCCGCGACGAGCCCGGGCCGGCUGCCAAGCGGCGCCAGCUCGACGAGCCCGACCGCACGGUGCGGCCGGGCGAGCCGGGCUGGGUGGCGCGCGCCCGCGUGCCGCUGCCCUCCAACAAGGACUACGUCGUGCGCCCCAAGUCCACCUGCGAGACCGACAUGUCCAGGGUGAGCAAGAAGAAGAUGACCCGCUACGAGAAGCAGAUGAAGAAGUUCAUGGACCAGAAGCGGCUGCGCGGCAACUCGCGGCGCGCCGUCGAGAUCUCCAUCGAGGGCCGCAAGAUGGCGCUGUGAGCGGCCCGCACGACCGGUGUACGAGGGAGAUAGCCCUGUAGUAUAAUGUGAAUACGAUCAAUUGUUCUAUUGGUUAACUUUUAUAUUAAGUCAAAAUCGUUCUCCUGUUUACGUUCCCAAUGCAAUAAACGUCGCUCAUAAACUAUCGCAAUAUGUUAUUUAACUCCGUUAGGCCCUUUAUAUGAGUGUUAUAGAGAUAAUAUGACUUCUCUAGAAAUAAUGUUUUUUAUUUUUCUAAACUGAAUAAUAAACAAAAAACGUCAAUAUUAUUGUGGAAUAUAUCGACUGGGCUUUAUACGAUUCCUAAUCAAACAUUUUAUCAUCAACUAUAGACAUAGAAUCGACUAUUUUCGAGACUAGACACAAUAUUAUGACCGUAUGAGAACUUGUAAGUCAGCCAAUGUUGUUUGGUCACCAGUCACCAUUAUAGAUAUUGUAAUAGAUGUAAGAUAGUCCCUUGUUCCCUAAUGUUUCUUUAUUUGGACGCAAGGAGGCUCCUCAUCGCCGCACUGUUAGACAGAACUUAUGACAAAAGGAAACAUUUGGGAAUUGUACCGGAUGAUGAUUCAUCAUACGGCAUAUUAUGUGAUUGUAAAUUAUUUGAUAAGGCUUAAUAAAUAAAUGACUGAAUUUUGA